AUGUCGUAUUGUCGUUGCAAUGUUUAUAAAUCUGCAGGCUGCAAGGUACGGGACUUCAAAGAAGAUCUGAUGUUUUAGGCUAUUCGCGUUUGGAAGACAGUGUAUGGCAUCAUUAAGUCCUACACUACAGUCAGUGUAAAGCCAUGUCUAUGAAAAGCAGCGUUAAAAUUGCGCCUGGGGCUGUUGUGUGUAAUGAGUGCGAGCUGAAAGGUGACAUUACAAUUGGAAGCAUGACAAUAAUACACCCAAGAGCGUCGAUUAUAGCAGAAGCUGGGCCCAUAAUAAUAGGAGAAAACAAUUUGAUUGAAGAACAAGCACGGAUUAUCAACAAGAUUAUACCUGGAAGCACUUCCUCCUCAACACCUGUUCUUAUCAUUGGUUCCAACAACGUAUUCGAAGUGGACUGUCACUCGGAAGCUAGGAAGAUCGGCGAUAACAACAUUUUGGAAGCUAAAUCGUUUGUAAGCCAUGAUGUAGAGAUAACAAACGGAUGUAUUAUUGGAGCAGGUUGUACGCUGACAUGCUCCGAAGUGUUGCCCGAAAAUACUGUAAUUUAUGGCAAGGAAUGCCUUCGCCGGCAACAAUUGGACAGACCGCCAACUCAGACGCUGCAAUUAGACUAUUUAACUAAAGUUUUACCCAAUUAUCAUCAUCUAAAAAAAUCCAAAAAAGGUCAGGCUUAAUAAGUAUUUCAGUGCUGUGUAAAUACAAGGGGGUAGUACAUUUAUGGCAUCUGCAAUAGAAACCUGACUUGACUUAGCCAUAUAGUCUUCACUUUUAAACAUCAUAUUGCUGUUUAUUCAGUUGCAGACUAACGGAAAGAUCAGCGUAAAGAAGCUUCAAAAUUACUUGUUAUUUAGUAUAAUUUUGCUGAUUGUAAUGUCAUAUUUUGCACAAGGACUUGAAUAACACAGCAUUUGGAGAAUUAAGUGAACUAACACAAAAUAAAAGUUCUUGUUCUGAAAAAAAGAAAAUGAUCACAAGUAAAAGCUUAAAAUGUGUUUAGAAGGAGCGUGAUGUUCCCCAUGAGGGGCUACUGGACUUUUUACCCUAGCAGAAUUCGUAAUGAACAUCAUUAAAUGAUAUUCUUUAAAUGCUUAAUAUUUUUUGUGUCAGAACCAUAAUGUGGCAGUGUUGUGUUUUCGCCUCCAAUACAUGUUCUGUUGAUUACAGAUGGAGAUAAAACUAAAAAAUAACUUCAAAUGUUAGAUGUUUAGAGACACCUCUACUUGUGUUAGUAUCUCUUAUGUGCAAUUUGUACCAAUAUGUAAUAACAUAAAUUGAAUAAAUUUUCAUUUCAUCGGA